CAACGAACCAACCAUGACAUGAAGCACACUGCACGUGUUGGUUGGUUGCAGGGUCGCGGACAGCUUUACAUACAUACAUAUGUAAUGAGACCCGACUUCAUUUCUUCAGUUCGUACAGUAUUUCUCGCCUAUUCUUUGUUACUUGGAUGAUUUGACUUUGUUGUUGUCUGUACUGGGUCGACCUAGUUAAUGUUCAAGGCGUCGACUGAUGGCGACUGUGACGUGACACAGCAGGGUCCUCCAACUCGGUUCCGUUCACGACGGGAAACCAUGGGCCUACAUAAAGGAACCAUCAAGAACCGACAGUAUAUCGCACUGAUAUAUCAUGAAACGCAUCAACAAAGACCCCUACGCAUAACUAGACUUACAACCUGGAGAUACAACAACUUCGGCAUUGACCCAAUCCGCCUGUCUGGCCAUCAAGGUACCCGCAAGGGUAUCCUACAUAUCCCCAUUUACAUCGUCACCUUCCGGUAAAACGCACGGUUGAGGAGAACGAGUCCGCGCAGAGUAGUAUCUGCGAACACACGUGAAGGAGUGACGCGUAAGAGGUGGAAGAAGAAGCGAAGAACCGGAGGGGAAUUGCUUCGCAGUUGCGCCUAACGCAACAUGGACCCGGCCACCAAAGGAACAACCAGAGCCUCCUCUGCCUCCACAUCCCUCUUUGGGAUGGGAGGAGGCUCGCAGCAUAAAUACUCACCACUCGGUCGCGAUGGCGAUGAUUCAGAGAGUCAGACUCAGCUGCUUCCCGGCGAGUCAACAGCUGAAGACUUGGACGAGGAAAGCCAACUCCAACAACAGAAUAAAAAGAGGGGCUUGCUGUAUCGGUUGGUAUGGGGAGAUCCUAACAAGAUCUUUGUCAAACUCAUCAUGUUCCUCUUGAUGGUUCCCUUGUUUAGCUACCUGGCUGCUGCUUCUCUACGAGUACUAUCCCCAAAUCCAGCAUCAUGCGACAGCCCAGAGCUUGGUUACCAAUGUAACUCAGAGACAACCCACACAUGGGGUCAAUACUCGCCCUUCUUCUCCGUCCCGUCGGAAAUCUCCCCCUCCGUUCCCGAGGGUUGCCGCCUCACCUUUGCCCAAGUUCUUUCUCGCCACGGCGCUCGCUUCCCAACUCCCGGAAAAGCCGCCGCCAUCUCCGCCGUUCUCACCAAGAUCAAAACCUCCGCCACCUGGUACGCCCCCGACUUCGAGUUCAUCAAAGACUACAACUAUGUCCUCGGCGUCGACCACCUCACUGCCUUUGGCGAGCAAGAGAUGGUCAACUCGGGCAUCAAAUUCUACCAACGCUACGCUUCCCUCAUCCGGGACUACACUGACCCAGAAUCCCUCCCCUUUAUCCGUGCCUCGGGGCAGGAGCGCGUCAUUGCCUCAGCUGAGAACUUCACCACUGGGUUCUACUCUGCCCUCCUUGCCGACAAGAACCCACCCCCUUCCUCCCUCCCGCUUCCCCGCCAGGAGAUGGUCAUCAUCUCCGAAUCGCCCACGGCCAACAACACCAUGCACCACGGUCUCUGCCGCGCCUUUGAGGACUCCACCACCGGCGAUGCGGCCCAGGCGACCUUUAUAGCUGCCAACUUCCCGCCCAUCACCGCGCGGUUGAAUGCGCAGGGUUUCAAAGGCGUCACUCUUUCCGACACGGACGUGCUCUCGCUCAUGGAUCUCUGCCCCUUUGACACCGUCGCUUACCCGCCCUCCUCCUCUCUCACCACCUCGUCCUCUCCCUCGGGGGGAAGCAAGCUCUCCCCCUUUUGCUCCCUUUUUACCGCUCAAGACUUUACCGUGUACGACUACCUCCAGUCCCUCGGCAAGUUCUACGGCUACGGCCCGGGUAAUUCUCUGGCUGCCACGCAGGGGGUGGGGUACGUGAACGAGCUUUUGGCUCGCCUCACGGUUUCCCCGGUGGUGGAUAACACGACCACCAAUUCCACGCUGGACGGGAACGAGGACACGUUUCCGCUGAGUAGGAACAGGACGGUGUUUGCGGAUUUCAGUCAUGAUAAUGAUAUGAUGGGGAUCUUGACUGCUUUGAGAAUCUUUGAGGGGGUGGAUGCGGAGAAGAUGAUGGAUAAUACGACCAUACCGAGAGAGUACGGGGAGACUGGCGAUGAUCCGGCAAAUUUGAAAGAGAGGGAGGGCUUGUUCAAGGUUGGUUGGGUGGUGCCAUUUGCGGCGAGGGUGUAUUUUGAAAAGAUGAUUUGUGAUGGGGAUGGGAGUGGAGAGAUGGUUCAGAGCGAGGAGGAACAGGACAAGGAGUUGGUGAGGAUCUUGGUUAACGAUAGAGUGGUUAAACUAAAUGGAUGUGAGGCCGAUGAGUUGGGGAGGUGUAAGUUGGAUAAAUUUGUAGAGAGUAUGGAGUUUGCUAGGAGGGGUGGAGAUUGGGACAAGUGUUUUGCUUAGGGUACCAGCUCGGGUAGGUGAGGGAUUUGGUGUGGGCAAUAAGCAGAUAUUGGCCUUUUUGCUCCUCAUUUUCGUGAUUACCUAGUAGUGCUGCGAAUUACCGAAGCGGGAAACCCUGAGUUAUAACAAGCCUUGCCUAGGAGACAAUCUAUGUCAAAGAAAAUAAGAAUUGUUUUCCAAACAUUGAUUGUCUUCCAAGCGCCUAAAAGCCAAAAGUAUAGGGUAUAACCAACUAUACUUUAGUGGUCUUUGAUACUUAGUGGCCUUAUGUCAGUUCUUAAAACUACUAGGGUGAAGGCCGAAAUUUGAAUUUGGGAGGUCGGAAUAGUUACAAAAAGUUGAUCACAGAUAGGAAUCGAACAAAGUUC